AUGCACAUAUUUCGUGCAGCUGCUCGCGCAAACAGAAUCCACCAUGUCCAGCAGACCUUGAGAAUGGUAGAGAACGGUUUGCACCAGCUUAAAGAGAUUGAGAGGGCAUGUGCUGCACAGCGGCGUGAGGUCAAAGGCUUGCUGAAACAGGUGGACGCCUUGAUGAACCAGUGGUCACAGGAGCUCGAGAAGCUGAAGGGAAGGUCAAUGAAGCUGUCUUUAGUGCUGAUGCUCCUUUGUAUUCUACUCACAGAUGGUCUUAGCGCUUGGGAUUGCCUAUUGUCUGCGCUGCGCUUGGCCUUCUCGAUCGGUGCUCGCCGACAGAGUAAGGCGAGACCCAGGAGCGCCCAUGAUUUUGACGGGCACUUGGUUGGCCAGGAGACUACUCAAAGCUUAUUGAAGGAGCGAGGCUCAGCGAUUCUAAACGUGCCG